AUGCUGGAGGAACAUAGGAACAUUCUCACCGUGUCAUCACUGCUUGAUGAACAGGCUAUGAGCCACAUACAGUCUCAACAGUCAGAGUUGCUAGACAAGAUUGUCAAUCUGCGCGCUACUGGGGUUGGAGGUCUCGUGGAACUGCCUCAAAUCACCAGUACGCUUUCCAGCACUGAUCCUUCGAACACGGGAUUCAGCGACGAUGUGCUUAGAGUCGAGAUCUCAGGCCCUGAUAAGCCAGAGCUGACUUUGGUCGACCUUCCGGGGCUCUACUACUCCAGCAGCAGCGAACAAAACGAGCAAGGAAUGGAUAUUGUUCAAAGACUGACGGAAAAGUACAUGAAAAGCUCCCGAGGCAUCAUUUUGGCUGUCAUCAGUGCAAGGGCCAAUUACCAUAUCCAGAAGGUCUUGAACAUCGCGCAGUCUUUUGAUGUCAGACACGAGAGGGUCUUGAGUAUUGUCACGCAGCCCGAUAUCCCCGAAGCUGGUUCAGAUGAAGGAGAAACUUAUGUGCAGUUCAUCAAGAACGAAAAAGUCGAAAGGGCUAUUAUGUCCCAAUGUAGUCAUUUGGCUCAUCGGGACUAUUACUUGGCUUUAUAUAUCGAGAUAUAUACAGCAUUGUGGCUGAUCUAA